UUAACAGCUACUGACCUGUCAACUGGAGUUAACGAUGUCCGGUGGUGCGAGCUUCAUGAGCAAGGUGCGGUCCGCCUUUAGGAAGGAGCCUGAGGACUGGGACCUGAGCGACACGGCGCCGUUUGACCUCUCUGGGGACGAGCUCGCGGAGGAUGAGGCGCCCAAGUUCAACAAACUCAAAGUGGUGGUUUCCGGUGAUAUGGAGGACUACGCAGCAGGGGCACCGUCGAACGGCGUCGCGGUGAACACAGUGGUGGUGGAUGAUGACGAUUCGCUGCUCGACUCGUCCUCGGGGAGCUUGGGGAGCCCCGGUGUCAACAUGGACCGGUCGCAGUGUGAGAGCUGCACGAGGAAGAGAGAGGGGGUUAAACGGAGGAGAGUGAUGAAGAAGUUGGRGUGCGCCUCUGUGUUGUAUUUCCUCUUCAUGAUUGGAGAACUGAUAGGUGGUUAUGUAGCUAACAGUCUGGCCAUAAUGACUGAUGCUCUCCACAUGUUAACUGACCUGAUUGGGAUAGUGGUGUCUCUGCUGGCRCUGUGGCUGUCUGCUAAACCACCCACCAACAGAUUCACCUUCGGACUGCAUCGCCUAGAGGUGGUAUCAGCCGGUAUCAGUGUGUUACUCAUCUACAUCCUAACGGGGGUGUUGUUGAACGAGGCGGUGCAGAGAACUGUCAGUCAGGACUUUGAAAUCAACGGAGAUGCCAUGCUCAUCACUGCAGCUGUGGGGGUCGCUGUCAACCUAGUUAUGGGUUUCCUCCUGAACCAGAGUAACGGUCACCUCCACUCCCACGGGGUCAUGGUCACCACACGGUGUUCCCCUCCACCCUCACAUGGCCACAGCCACGUGGCCCCCAGCCCAGGGUCCCCAGGCAGCCUGGCAGUCAGGGCAGCCUUCAUCCAUGCACUGGGAGACCUGGUCCAGAGUAUAGGGGUCCUCAUAGCUGCCUACAUCGUACGCUUCAAGCCAGAGUACAAGCUGGCGGACCCCAUCUGUACCUACAUCUUCUCUAUCCUGGUGCUGUUCACAACGAUACGCAUCACGGACACGGGAGUCAUCGUCCUCGAGGGGGCACCCAGGCAUGUGGACGUUCAGCGAAUCAGAGAAGACCUUCUGAAGUUGGAGGACGUCCAAUCAGUUGACGAGCUCAACGUGUGGGCAUUAACCGYUGACAAGACCUCCGCCCUCGCACACCUGCUGCUCUCGCCCUCUAGUGCCAGUGCGUGGGAGGACGUGCAGGCCAAGGCCAGACACCUGUUGAUCCACACCUACGGCCUGACCAGGUGCACCGUGCAGGUCCAGACACACAGAAACAGGGCUACACGCACCUGUACACACUGCCGAGAGUCCACCGCAUAGCCUGAAUAAAACACACACAGUCUGAGGACGUUAAACCAGACUGGUGCCAAAGCGGUGUGAAUUGAUCUGGUCUAUGCCAUCGCCAGGAUAUUCGGACUGACAGUCAGAUGCACAUUUUAUUUUUAAAGGACAGCUGAUUCCUCCUGGGCUGUUGACCUGCUUGCAAAGCUUUCUGAAGAGGGGUUGAAAAUCUUAACUUCUCAACAAAACAAAAGAUCUAUAAUCACCAUUAAAGCCUGUAAAUGUUUAA